ACGUUUCCGAACGCAGCCUGAAAAAGUGAUACGCAUGUGUACAUCGGAAAACUGUAUUUUGCACAAAUGCAAGUGAAACUGUACAAUCUCCUUUAAAAGUUCAGUUAAUACAGUGAGUCAAACCAUCGAAAAUGAUCUUGAAAUUUUUCAAGACGCCUGGUCUAAAGACAGGCCAGCUGAAAAAUAAACUACAUAAGGUAUUGCAAAUCGAACCCUCAGUGACCAAUCUUGAGACCGAAUUGUGUUAUUAUGUGGAAACAGAAUCACUGGAGGAAGAUGAAGUUCAAGUAUUAAAGUGGAUCUUGUCACCUCUCUCAAAAGGAGAAUGUUUGCGAUGUGAUAGUAUGUUCAGUGAUACUGAAAACCACGUUAUUGAAAUUGGACCCAGAUUGAAUUUCUCCACUGCAUUUUCUACCAAUGUGGUUUCUAUAUGCAAAACUGUCAAAUUAAAUAAAGUAAAAAGAGUAGAAAUAGCAAUCAGAUAUUGCAUUAAACAUAAAAAAAGAUUAAACGAAAAAAUAGAAAACGCUAUUAUAAAUGUGUUGGGAGAUAGAAUGACAGAAUGUAGAUAUAUGAAACCUAUUGAAACAUUUGAUCAUGGUUUUAGACCAGAGAAAUGGUUUGAAGUUGAUAUAAUCAAAAAAGGCAGAAGUGCUUUGGAAGAAGUUAAUUUUAAAUUGGGUUUGGCAUUUGAUGAUUGGGAUUUAGACUUUUAUACAGAAUUAUUUCUUCAAAAAUUAAAACGGAAUCCAACCAGCGUAGAAUGUUUCGAUCUUGCUCAAUCUAACAGUGAACAUAGUCGCCACUGGUUCUUUAAAGGACGCAUCAUUUUGAAUGGAAAAGAAGAAAAACAAUCUCUGAUUGACAUGAUUAUGGAUACACAAAAUUACUCUAAUUCAAAUAAUGUAAUAAAAUUCAGCGACAAUAGCAGUGCGAUAGAAGGAUUUAAGAUUCCUGUUUUACGUCCUAUAAAUACUUUUAAAUGCAGUAACUUCCAUCUGGAAAAUAUCAAACAGCAUCUUAUUUUUACAGCAGAAACACAUAACUUUCCAACUGGCGUUGCACCUUUCAGUGGCGCCACAACGGGUACCGGAGGUCGAUUGAGGGACAUUCAAGGAAUCGGUAGAGCUGGAUAUUACAUAGCAGGCACUGCUGGUUAUAGUGUUGGUAAUCUCUGUAUUCCAGGCUAUGAUUUGCCAUGGGAAGAAAAAGAUCAAAUUUAUCCUACUAACCUAGCCUUGCCACUGGAAAUAAUAAUUGAAGCAAGCAAUGGUGCUUCCGAUUAUGGAAACAAAUUUGGAGAACCUCUAAUAUGUGGUUUCGCACGUUCUUACGGGGCGACAAAUGUUGCAGGAGUUAAACGAGAAUGGAUUAAACCCAUAAUGUUCAGUGGAGGAUUAGGAACUAUAGAUGCGAAUAUGACUAAAAAGAUUCCAGCAAAACGAGGUAUGAAAGUAGCCAAAAUUGGUGGACCCGUUUAUAGAAUUGGUGUAGGAGGAGGUUCAGCAAGUUCCAUGGAAGUGCAGGGUGAUAAUAGUAUGGAAUUAGACUUUGGUGCUGUGCAACGGGGCGAUCCCGAGAUGGAGCAAAAAUUGAAUCGCGUUGUGCGUGCGUGUGCAGAGAUGGGUGAUAGCAAUCCAAUCCUUAGUAUCCACGAUCAAGGUGCUGGUGGUAACGGAAACGUCUUAAAAGAGUUAGUGGAGCCUGCCGGUGCUGUGAUCUUCACAAAGAAUUUUGAUCUUGGGGAUCCUAGUGUAAGCACGUUAGAACUUUGGGGUGCAGAAUAUCAGGAGAGUGAUGCAAUUUUAUGCAAAUCAGAAGACUGUGAUUUACUGAAGAAAAUUGCUGCACGUGAAAAAUGUCCAAUCAAUUUUGUUGGUAUUGUCACUGGAAAUGGGAAAAUUAUUGUUUCUGAGGAAGAAGAUUGCGAUAUUUCAAAAUAUCUCAAUUACGAGGAUAAGAACUUAGAUAGCAAAGAGAGAGAGAGUAAGCAUCCAGUGAUUCUAGAGCUAGAGGUAAUUCUUGGAAAAAUGCCACGCAAGGUUUUCAAAUUACAUGAUGUGUCGGUGCAGAAAUUUCCAUUGAAACUGCCUGAUGGAUUAACUGUACUUAGCGCAUUGGAUAGAGUUUUAAGGCUUCCUUCAGUUGCCAGUAAACGGUAUCUGACGAAUAAAGUAGAUCGUUGCGUGACUGGCUUAGUUGCUCAACAACAAUGUGUUGGUCCAUUGCAUACUCCUCUGGCAGACGUUGCUGUGACAGCUAUUUCACAUUUUUCUACAAAAGGCAUCGCUACUUCCAUUGGUGAACAGCCAAUUAAAGGAUUAGUCAACGAUGCAGCCGGCGCUCGAAUGACAGUAGCUGAAGCACUUAGCAAUCUAGUGUUUGCGCAAAUUUCUGUAUUGCAAGAUGUCAAAUGUAGUGGCAAUUGGAUGUGGCCGGCAAAACUUCCAGGCGAAGGUUCAGCACUAUACAAGGCUUGCUCAGCAAUGUGUUCUCUAAUGAAGGAACUUGGUAUUGCGAUCGAUGGCGGUAAGGACUCACUUAGCAUGGCUGCACGUAUCAAUGAGGAUAUUGUAAAGGCACCCGGCACUCUCGUCAUAUCUUGUUAUGCACCGUGUCCUGAUAUUUGCCAAGUAAUCACUCCGGAUCUCAAAGCUCCCAUUAUGGGACGACAAGGUUGCCUGCUUUUUAUUGAUUUGUCUUAUGGCAAGAGUCGGCUUGGAGGAACUGCUUUGUCUCAGGUAUAUGGUCAAUUAGGCAACGAUGUGCCGGACAUCGAAGACGUGCAAACUUUCAAGAAUGCCUUUAUUGCUACACAGCAAUUAAUCGCCGACAAAAAAGUUCUCGCCGGUCAUGAUAUUAGCGAUGGGGGACUGAUUACAUGUCUUCUAGAAAUGUGCUUUGCUGGAAUCUCAGGAAUCAAUGUUAAUAUAACUCAUAAAUCUGAUUCUGUUAUUGACGUUUUAUUUUGCGAAGAGGUUGGUUGGGUAUUGGAAGUCGAUGAAAAAUACCAAGAUGAAGCAGUGAAAACGUUACAAUGCUACGGAGUUCCAGUAUAUUUAAUCGGAAAGUCUGUAGGCCUUGGAAUGAACUCUGAGGUGGUCGUUAAAGUUCGAAAUGAAAUUGUAUUAAGUACUACAGUAAUUGAUUCAAUGAGCAUUUGGGAAGAAACUAGUUAUCAAUUAGAACGCCGUCAAACAAAUGUCACUUGUGCAUUGGAAGAAUUUUCUCGGCUAAGAGAACGAACUGUUCCAGCUUAUCGCUUAGGUUUUGAUCCUGUUAGAUCUCGUCCAAUGCUAAAGAAUAUAGCAGAGCGUGUUAAGGUAGCCGUCAUACGUGAGGAAGGAAUUAAUGGGGAUAGAGAAAUGGCAGCGUCUCUGCUGGAAGCAGGCUUCGAUGUCUGGGAUGUUACAAUGCAAGAUUUGCUGGAAAAUCAAAUUACAUUGGAAGUCUUUAGAGGCGUUAUCUUUCCUGGUGGUUUCAGCUAUGCCGAUGUUUGUGGUUCCGCAAAGGGAUGGGCAGCCAGUUUCCUCUUUCAUUCAUCUUUACGUGAGCAAUUACGGCGAUUUGUUGCUCGUGAAAACACUUUCAGUUUGGGUGUUUGCAAUGGCUGUCAAUUAAUGAGCAUAUUAGGUUGGAUUGGCGACGAAGAUACUAAAGACGGAAAGAGGUCAGGAAUUUGUUUGGAUCAUAAUCUCUCAGAAAGAUUUGAAUGCAGAUGGACCACUGUUAGAAUUGAGAACUCGCCAUCAAUCAUGUUAAAAGACAUGCAGGAUAGCGUGCUAGGUGUAUGGGUAGCUCAUGGAGAGGGAAGAUUCACUUUUCGCAAGGAAGUUCUGAAAACUCUUGAGCAGAAUAAUUGCGUAGCAAUCAGAUACACGGAUGAUUAUGGUAAUCCAACUGAAUGCUAUCCUAUGAAUCCGAAUGGUAGCGUAAAUGGAAUUGCUGGAAUUUGUUCUAAAAAUGGUCGACACUUGGCAAUGAUGCCGCAUCCGGAGAGAUGUACACAAAUGUGGCAAUGGCCUUGGAAACCAGCAGAAUGGAACUAUGAAGCCUCACCAUGGCAGCGACUUUUCGACAAUGCAUAUAUGUGGUGCCAAGAAUGCAAUUAGGGAAUUCGAAUCAAGUUCAAUAAUAUGUUUAAUCAAAGAACUUUAUUUCCAUAUUAUUAUUAUCUCAUUUACUUUAUUAUUAUCCACUUUUUAUACUUGAUAUGAUCAGGAAAUGGAAAGUUAUUUUUGAAAAGUAAUAAGUUACAAUUAUUUCGUUAAAAAAGUAAUAAAAAGUAAAGUUAUUAUUACUAAUUACUGAUUUUUAAUGGAAGUAACUCGUUACAAUUACCGUUAUUUGAGAAAAUAACUUUUCGUUACUUUUCCGUUACUUUUUAUAAUAAAAAUCGAUCAAUCACAGCAGAUGAGUGCCUAGGGCUUUCUAAUGUUCUGAAGCACUAUGAGAGGCUUGUGUUCAAUCGAACCGUGUCCAGUCGUGUACAAAGUAACAAUAAAAGAAACGGAAAAUUCGUUACUGUUACAAAAAAAAUGUAAUUACAUUAUCGUUAGGUAUCAAACAAAAAAUAACGCAAUUACCAAUAAAGUUACCAAAAAAAGUAA